AAACGAAAAUCCUGUAUCGUUUUUCUCUUCAGGUCUGAACACUGAAGUUUCCUUGCGUGCUUCAGUUUUCAGUUCUGUGGAUAGGUCUUGGAUGGAGAUUCAGGUAUUAAAUAUGCUGUUGUCAAUAGGAAUGCUGAUGUUGUCUGCCACUCAGAUAUUCACUAUUUUGACAGUUCAGUUAUUUGCUUUCCUGAAUCUUUUACCAGUGGAAGCAGAUAUUUUAGCAUAUAACUUUGAAAAUGGAACCCAAACCUUUGAUGAUCUACCUGCUAGGUUUGGCUACAGACUGCCAGCAGAAGGCCUCAAGGGAUUUCUAAUAAAUUCAAAGCCAGAGAACGCGUGUGAGCCUAUAGCCCCACCUCCAUUGAAAGACAACUCGUCCAGUGCUUUUAUUGUGUUAAUUCGAAGGCUCGAGUGCAACUUUGAUAUAAAGGUUUUAAACGCACAGAGAGCUGGGUACAAGGCCGCGAUAGUUCACAACGUUGAUUCUGAUGACCUCAUAAGCAUGGGAUCCAACGACAUUGAGGUUUUAAAGAAGAUUGACAUUCCUUCUGUCUUUAUUGGUGAGACAUCAGCAAAUUCUCUUAAAGAAGAAUUUACUUAUGAAAAGGGUGGCCAUGUUGUGUUAAUCCCAGAGUUCAGUCUUCCUUUGGAGUAUUACUUAAUACCUUUCCUAAUAAUAGUAGGGAUCUGCCUUAUUCUCAUCGUGAUAUUUAUGAUCACAAAAUUUGUGCAAGACAGACACAGGGCAAGAAGAAAUCGGCUUAGGAAAGAUCAGCUUAAGAAACUUCCUGUACAUAAAUUUAAGAAAGGAGAUGAGUACGAUGUAUGUGCCAUUUGUCUGGAUGAAUAUGAGGAUGGAGACAAGCUCAGAAUCCUUCCGUGUUCUCAUGCAUAUCACUGCAAGUGUGUGGACCCAUGGCUGACAAAAACCAAAAAAACAUGUCCUGUAUGUAAGCAGAAAGUGGUCCCUUCUCAGGGGGACUCAGAUUCUGAAACGGACAGUAGUCAAGAAGAGAAUGAAGUAUCUGAAAAUACUCCUUUGCUUAGGCCGUUAGCCUCGGUUAGUACUCAGUCAUUUGGGGCUUUGUCAGAAUCUCGUUCCCAUCAGAACAUGACCGAGUCCUCAGAAUAUGAGGAAGAUGACAAUGACAAUAUUGAUAGUAGCGAUGCAGAAAAUGGAGUAAAUGAAGAAAGUGUAGUGGUUCAACUGCAGCCCAAUGAUGAAAGGGAGUACAGAGCGGCUAAUACUGUUUGAGACUACUAAUGAUGAAAAACAUGUGAACAAAAGAGUUCUUAUGGCUAUAUUUUACACACAUUUACAUAGGGAAUAUAUUUUAUUUUGUAAUUCAUUUGGUUACUACUUCAGUAGGAGCAGCAGGUCAUGUAGUUUAAUUAUACUACAGAUUUAUUUUUGAUUCAGGUAUUCAGUCACACAUUCUGUCUUGUCAACAUGAACAGUUUAACUGGAUUUCACAAUGCUAAUGAAUAAUGUUAAUAGUUUACAUCAACAGAAAUGUCACACUGACUCUACUUUAAAUGUCAGUAUCUUGUUGAAAUGGGAUUUAGCUGGAAAUAGUUUGUUUUUUUUCCCCCCCGUAUUAUGUUUUGUAGGUACAACUGGGUCAUACUGAUAGCAAUAUUUAUUUAUGUGUAUGGUGUUACCCCUUAAGCCCAACUAAAAAUGUAUUUGAUGCAUGUUUGUAUAGGGUUUUCCUAAAAGCUGCCACCACUCCUGAAAGAAAAAUGUAGAACAGAUCAGUGCUCUAUAUGCUGAUAUAUCAAAACAAAGCAGCAGAACUAACACUUCUAUCUCAAAGCAGUGAUUCCAAAUAAUCCUUUGGCAUUUGCAACAGCAGCUGAGUUUAAGCAGUUCUUUUGAGCAGUUCCUAGGAUAAGGAAACUUAUCUGUUUAGUUUUAAGUAAUUCACAAAGUAAGGUCCAUCGUUAACACAUUAACUGGCCCUAUUUGCUACUACCAUGUAGUCUAGUUUCCUGUGAUUAUGUGCAAAAUGUGGGGGUGACCAAAACAGAAAAGACGAGAGAAAUUCCACAUAGAAAAAAAAAAAAAAUUAGGUAAGUUAUUCUAUUGGUCCUCAGUCAUACACCUCUUACUAAAGAGCAUUUUAUGCUGCAUUAGUCUGCUAAACUAUGUACAUAGAAAAGUUGUUCUUUUCAAAUAUCUGAUUUGAAAACAAGUGCUUAUAACUAUUUAACAGAACUCAAUACUUAACACUGUAUCAUGAAAAAAUAAAUUAUAUAUAAUACCUCUGUAACUAUGUAGAAAGUAACAACACAUCUGUAUAAUCAAAAUGCAGAGAUCUUUUUAUAUGGCCUUGAAUAAGGAAGCUUGAAAGAAUGUUAAUAAACAUGUUUUCCACUUUAAGGAUCAAAAGGAAUUUAUUUAACUUUUGCAUUACUUACUCUUUACAUUUAUUGCUGUGUAUACAAUGAAUGUGAGUUUAAAAAUGUUUAAAGAUCCAGAACACCUACCUGUUAAGAUCCCUUAGUAACAGUAAGUCACCUACAUGAUACUAUGUAUAUACUGAUCAACAAUAUAUGCAGUGAAACUGAGUUACUUAGAAAACCUUAAUUUGGGUUCACUUAAUGAAUUUGUGAGUUCAGAGCAGAAGCUUCAGUCGCUCUAGGUCUUUGCAUGUACUUUGCAUGGGGGAGAGGGGGAAGACGACCAGAGUACCGUUAAUAUUUCCUGCCCACCGUGCCAAGACCUUUACAGCUGGAGAUCGUAUGCCUGUGUUCUGGAAGUCAGAAAACACGAAAUCCUGGGCUGAGCAGCUUACAGGUGAGGCAUUUUCAAUUGUUAUUUCUGACCUAAUGCACAGUGCAGCUAUGCCCUCCUUGAUUACAACCUGGGAAUGGAAAUCAUCUCUCUUGGACUGGCUAAGAGCCAAGAAGUUUAAUUAGACUUCUCAGAAGGAGGCAUGGCAAAAAGAUAAUAACUGAAGAAUGAUUUGUCUUCCAGCUACUGCCACCAUGGGAUUAGGGCCAAACAAUGUAUUAUAUCUCCACCCAUAAAAUUCCAUUAUACAGUUUAAAAAUGAGUAUUACUUUCACUCAAACUUACAAAUAUAUAGUUAUGCCCAAGUACGAAAACUGAAUUCUGAAAAAUUACGAAGCAAACAACUUGGCUGAAUAGGUUCCUGCUGUUCGUAUGCAAUGAGUGCACGUGAGUGUUUAUUCACAUAGUAGUUCAGGUGCCCCAAAACCUGAAGUGUGUGUGAACUGAAAUAAACUUCAUAACAUAUGGCAUGUGCAACCCUGAUUGUAGUAUUUGCAGCAAUGAAAAAAGUAAAAUGAUACUCUUA